GCCGUAAGCUUUUACUAUCGCGAACAUAUUAUAUUAUAUAUCAUAAUAUCUAUGAUCGCGAACCGGUGCGCCGUCGCUUUUAAAAGCCAGAGAAUAGAGAUCAACCUACCGCCAUGUUCGUUUGUUCCGUGCACCCGAGCCCUCGCGCUCACGUCUUUGUGUUCGCGAUUCCAGUCCCGGCCGUCGGAGCCGACACCACGGCUAAUUUCAUCGUGUACUUCGCCCGUCCGAUUUUUCACCGUGCGAUCCCGAGCCGUGGUCACCCACGUGUCCACGUGUUGUUUUUCACCGGUCCGUAUUAUGCAGUGCGAACUCGCCGAUCGCGGAAUGUCUAUCGCGACUUAUUUAUUGUUAUUCGCCGUCGCCAGUCCGAUUCCCGCCGUGCGCAUACACGCCAGUGUUUUUUCGGCCCGUCCGUAUUAAAUUGUUACCGCCUGUGCCACGACAAAGGACGCCCACGCGAUAUGGUUUCGCGAUGCCAAGUAAUCGAAUCUGUGCGUUGUACGUGGUACUUGGAUGCAGUCCAGCGUCGACUGCACCAUUUAUAAUAGGUGCAAUGCAAACGACCAUCAAACCAUAUGCCGAAUACAAUAAAAUCAUACCGUUUAAAUACCAUGAUAUACACGAACCGCGGGAAACUCUCGACGAGAAAAUUGAGGGAAAUGUUUCGGAGAUGACAUUGGAUACAACACCUGUUAUCGGUAUAAUAAACGAUGACAACACGACAAUCGACUACGGUCGCAGCCGGUCAAAGCAGAAGGACUUCAAAUACGACCAGUUCCAAUCAUUUUUGGAAUCUUUGAAUUUUGCGAGUAGUACAUUUAAAGCCGUGUCGAUGACGACAGAACAACCAUUCGGAGAAGAACUUACCACUAACUCGUUCGACGACUUAAUCACAACUGAAAUGCUACAGACGAAGCACCCAAAAACAUUUAGUAAGAUUAAAUGGCUGUAUCCCAAGGCCGAAUUGGCUAUUACACGACUUCUUAAUACGUCAUAUAUGGUAAUUAAUUCAACGACAACAAUGUUACCGACGCCAUCAACCAUUCCGCCGACACCGACAACCAUGCUGCCGACGACAACCAUCAUGCCGCCGACGCUAAAUACUACUAGUACGGCUAUACCGACAACAGUAUAUACUACGACACAAAUGCCGAUCACCACGACUACGCAAAGGCCGAAACCGAAUAAAUUUACAUGCACUUUAUGUGUUAUUAUCAUUGUAAAUGAAUAAAAUAAAAUACGGGAAAUGUACACAAUGUACCUAUCUAUAACAAAAUAAUAUAUAUUAUGUACAACAAUUAUUA